GCGAAUAGAAUGGGUCGGUGUGUUUCUCAGUCUCUUUUAUGAUUUACGUUUACCUCGUGAAUAAAACAACUCCGAAACACAGCGCAACAGCAGUUUCUUUUCUUCCUUUUCGUUUUGAUCGAAAGUAAAACGAGUUGUGGGCGUUUCGAGAGAUCGUGAGAGAGAGAGAAAAUAAGUUAAAAUACGAUCAUCAUUACACACACAUAAAACGAUUACGAAGAGAACGACGACGUUGUUGAAAACGAAAAAUCCGAUUGAAGGAAAGAUUAACAAUUAAAAAGAACAAAUAAAAAAUUAAAUAAACCGCAAAUUACCCUUUCGUAACGCAUACAGUUAGUCAAUAAAACAACUAAAAAUAAUAAUAAUAAUAAUAAUAAAUCAAAUAUUACAUUGAUCGUAAAAAGAUGAGUACUAUAUUAAAAGCAUGUACGUUUAUUUCAAGAAAUUCUUUAUCCACCACCGCAACAAAUAUAACAACUAUGAUGAAUUUGAACAAAUUGGGCUUACCGGUUAUCAAUGUUCACAAAUUUCAUCACACACCUGAUGGAAGAGCUGCUAAAGUAUCAGAUGCUAUAUCUAAACAAUAUCCUUUGGUGGAUCAUAAGUACGAUGCAGUUGUCGUUGGUGCAGGUGGUGCUGGGUUACGUGCAGCUUAUGGACUGGUUGCAGAAGGUUUCAAAACCGCAGUCGUUACUAAAUUAUUUCCAACUAGAUCACAUACUGUAGCUGCCCAAGGUGGUAUUAAUGCUGCUUUGGGUAAUAUGGAAGAAGACAAUUGGCAAUGGCAUAUGUAUGAUACUGUCAAAGGAUCUGAUUGGCUUGGUGAUCAGGAUGCAAUACAUUACAUGACACGAGAAGCUCCUAAAGCAGUCAUUGAAUUAGAAAAUUGUGGUAUGCCAUUCAGUAGAACUUCUGAUGGAAAAAUCUAUCAACGUGCUUUUGGUGGUCAAUCAUUAAAAUUUGGUAAAGGUGGCCAAGCACACAGAUGUUGUUGCGUUGCAGAUAGAACAGGACAUUCUUUGCUACAUACGCUUUAUGGACAAUCAUUGAGUUAUGAUUGUAAUUAUUUUGUUGAAUACUUUGCAUUGGAUUUACUUAUGGAAGACGGAGAAUGCAGAGGAGUCAUUGCGCUUUGUUUAGAGGAUGGUACACUUCAUCGGUUUCAUGCUAAAAAUACAGUACUAGCAACUGGGGGUUAUGGUCGUGCGUAUUUCUCUUGUACAUCAGCACACACAUGUACAGGAGAUGGUACAGCAAUGGUAUCGAGAGCUAACUUACCUAAUCAAGAUUUGGAAUUUGUACAAUUUCAUCCAACAGGAAUUUAUGGCGCGGGUUGUCUAAUAACGGAAGGUAGUCGUGGAGAAGGUGGUUAUUUAGUAAAUAGCGAAGGUGAAAGGUUUAUGGAACGUUACGCACCAGUUGCUAAAGAUUUAGCUUCGAGAGACGUAGUCUCCAGGUCAAUGACCAUAGAAAUACGCGAGGGAAGAGGCGUUGGACCUGAUAAAGAUCACAUUUAUUUGCAAUUACAUCAUUUACCACCUGAACAAUUAGCUGCUAGAUUGCCUGGUAUAUCUGAAACAGCUAUGAUAUUUGCUGGAGUUGAUGUAACACGAGAACCGAUACCUGUUAUACCGACUGUGCACUACAAUAUGGGCGGUGUACCAACCAAUUACAAGGGUCAAGUGUUAACCAGACAUAACGACGAGGAUAAAGUUGUACCUGGAUUAUAUGCUUGUGGUGAAGCUGCAUGUGCCUCGGUUCAUGGAGCUAAUCGACUUGGUGCAAAUUCUUUACUCGAUCUCGUUGUAUUUGGUCGAGCUUGUGCUAAGACAAUUUCACAAGAAAAUAAACCCGGUGAAACUGUAGGACCAUUAAGAGCAAACGCCGGAGAAGAAACAGUCGCAAAUUUGGAUUGGAUUAGAAAUGCCAAUGGUACGGUUCCUACUGCUGAAUUAAGACUGAACAUGCAAAAAACUAUGCAAACACAUGCCGCGGUAUUCAGGGAUGCUCAAACUUUGCAAGAAGGUUGUAAAAAGAUGUCAGGAAUUUAUAAGAAAAUGGAUGAUUUGAAAGUAUCCGACAGAUCACUCAUAUGGAAUUCUGAUUUGGUGGAGACACUUGAAUUACAAAAUUUAAUGAUAAAUGCUAUGCAAACAAUAGUAAGCGCAGAAAAUAGAAAAGAAAGUCGAGGAGCUCAUGCUCGUGAAGAUUUCCGUGAUAGAAUCGACGAAUAUGAUUAUAGUAAACCAUUGGAUAAUCAAAAACCUAAACCUUUAGAUCAACAUUGGAGAAAACAUACUUUAACGACUAUUAAUCCUAAAACUGGAGAAGUAUCUAUCACGUAUAGGCCAGUAAUUGAUAACACGCUUAAUGAACAGGAAUGUGCAACAGUACCACCUGCUAUUCGUUCCUAUUAGAUCACUAUUAUUAUCAUUUUUAAUUUAACAUUCUCUAAAUUCACUUUAUCAUUUGAACAAAACAACAACAACAAAAAAGCUAUCACAUGUUUCACAUAUGAAAAAUAAUUACACCGUUCAUUUUAUCUUUAGUUACAAGUUUCCCCUGCAUUCGUUGUGUGUUUUAAUUGAGGGAUUAACAUUAGAUAUACCACCAUUUUCAAUAUACCUAUUUCUACCACACUAGUCAAAAUGACUGGUGUGUAAACAAAAAUG